CUCACUGCUGCCCAGGCCGGGAGAGGAAAGGGAGGGGAGGGGUGAGGCUCUGGAAGGGGUGGGCACCGCUGGGCUGUCCCGGGCGGACCGGGGCGCCGUGUGCGCGCGUGUGGGGAGUUGAAAAGCCCUGCACGUCGGGGCAGCCGGACAGAGCCCAGGGCGUGCGCCAGCCUCACAGUGUCUCCUCCUGUGGCCGCAGCCAUGACGGAGACCUCGGACAAAGUUCCCAUCGCCCUGGGAGGGCCUGACGACGUCGAGUUUUGCAGCCCCCCGGCGUACGCCACGGUGACCGUGAAGCCCUCCAGCCCCGCCCGGCUGCUCAAGGUCGGAGCUGUGGUCCUCAUUUCGGGGGCGGUGCUGCUGCUCUUCGGGGCCAUCGGGGCCUUUUACUUCUGGAAGGGGAGUGACAAUCACAUUUACAAUGUCCAUUACACCAUGAGCAUCAAUGGGAAAUUACAAGAUGGGUCAAUGGAAAUAGAUGCUGGGAACAACUUGGAGACCUUUAAGAUGGGGAGUGGAGCUGAAGAGGCCAUUGAAGUCAAUGAUUUCCAGAAUGGUAUCACAGGAAUCCGUUUUGCGGGAGGAGAGAAGUGCUACAUCAAAGCGCAGGUGAAGGCGCGCGUUCCUGAGGUGGGCGCAGUGGCCAAGCAGAGCAUCGCCUCCGAACUGGAAGGCAAGAUCAUGCCAGUUAAGUAUGAAGAAAGUUCUCUUAUCUGGGUGGCUGUAGGCCAGCCCGUGAAGGACAACAGCUUCUUGAGCGCCAAAGUCAUAGAACUCUGUGGCGACCUCCCUAUUUUCUGGCUUAAACCAACUUAUCCGAAAGAAACUCAGAGGGAAAGAAGAGAAUUGGUAACACAAACUGUUACAACUACCACCAGAAGACCACGCAGUGGACCACGGGGCAACCCAGGCCCUGGAAGACUGAAUAACAAAACCAGACCCAGCGUGCAGGAGGACUCAGACCCCUUCAACCCGGACAACCCUUACCACCAGCAGGAAGGGGAAGGCAUGACAUUCGACCCUAGACUGGACCACGAGGGAAUCUGCUGCAUAGAGUGCAGGCGGAGCUACACCCAUUGCCAGAAGAUCUGUGAGCCCCUGGGCGGCUAUCAGCCGUGGCCCUAUAAUUACCAAGGCUGCCGGUCGGCCUGCAGAAUCGUCAUGCCGUGUAGCUGGUGGGUGGCCCGCAUCUUGGGCAUGGUGUGAAAUCACUCCAUAUACCAGGUGCGGUAAAGGAAGAAGUAACUCAAGAGACAACCAAAGUAUGAAAACUCUUGAUGCUGAAGGGACCACAAAGUAUUUUAUACUCAAUCUGAGUAAUGUUCUUUGAGACACUGUUAACAGAAUAUUUCUCCAUUGCUUUACAGAACUUUAUCCAGAAUGUGCAAAUGUACCGAAAGGGUAGACUAAAAUGUCAUAAUAAUUCUUUUAUUACUUGCUAUUUUUUAUUUGCUUUGCCCAUAAGGCCUGCUCAUAAGAUUUCCGUCCCAAGCCAUUUUGAAAUAAACAUGAAAAUUUACAAUUUG